AUGCGUCAUUUCUGGAACCAGUACAAAUCAAAAACUGAAGACAAUCUGAUCGUAAGAAAACGUAUGUUAGACGACAUCGCUGCGUAUUACAGUGAAUUCUCGGAGUGUAUGAAAAUAGCAUCUUAUAUCAGCGCUAACGACGCAGAGAAUCCGUAUUCCGAUAGUUUGACAAUAGACAGAAACUCUCAGUACAGGAAGUGCGUGGGGAGUAAAGUGUCAAUCGACGAAGUCAUCGACAAGGCAUAUGAAGCUUACGAAAGUGACAAAUAUGACAUCGUCGACGAAGUCGAUGACGAGAACAUGGUCGACGAGAUGGAAAGCGAUACCUUAUCUCAGACAGAAUUAGAAGUUUUAUUCAGUAUCGCUAACUCUAACGUGGUCAACGAAGGCGAAUACCUCCGUGUUAUACGAGCAAGAGUACUUAUUUUGUUGGUUUCUGUGUUCGAGUACGUUGUAGACACAGAAGCUCUCCUCUUACUAGAUAUAUAUUAUGAGUUUCAAAUUCGAAACUUAAAUUCCGUGUCUAGUCUAACCAUCAAUAAUAAUUCAACAUGCCUUUUUAAAAAAUGGGGAGCAAAUAAUCGAUCAACAUUGACGAUGGACGCUGAGUUCCAAGAACUCUUAGGAUUUAAUGAGGAGGAAGACUUCCUCGCAGAUUCCGCCACACUGGAGAAGCAUCUUCCCGGAUGGAAUGAUAAGGUAAAGGCUCCUAAGUUAGUUACUACUAACCUUCCUAACAGACAGUUUAUGAAGGCGACAGCUUCAUUGUUUCUCAUGGGAGGUGACUUAAGCGAUGACAACAUCGCGUACGAAGAAACGUUGAAUGUAGAUAACAGGAACCUAGCUUCUAAUUACAAGUCAUUCGCAGUGCCUCGAUUCUACGACAACAUUUAUGACGCACCUGUAUUAACCACUGCUUGCAGAGACUCGAAAAACAAGAACUACUAUUUGUUCGUGGAACAUAAUGGAAAGUCCGGAAACAGCAAGACGUGGGAUCGUUGUAUGUCGAAGUUACGCAAAGACCAGUGGAUAAGAAACGAUAAUAACAUCCACAAGACCAUAUGCGAAAUCUGGAUUAGCGUUAGGAAUGAGAUAGAUAGAGUACAACCGCUUCAAUUCUACAACUUCCUUGCUUUCAAAGCAUGUACAGAGGCUGUUAAUAACGGUUCUGUGUAUCAUCAAGAACAGUUCACUAAACUAGAGAGCGGCGCUUUCCGACCUACUUUAUUUGCGUUAAUGUGCGAUAACGCUUUAGUGGAGAUGCGAGUUUUCAUGCCAUUCGAUCAAGUAGCCAAGUACGAUACCGAGAUAGGAAAAGUUCGGAAGUCCUGGAAGGGAUUCAUAGCUUCUGAGUAUACUACCAUCAGUACUAACGCUAUCAAUAUUAUGUCUCUCGUACACGGCGUUAGUAUCGAAGACUACGUCUCCCUGAAGGUAGUUAAGAGAAGUUAUGGUGGCAAGAGAGACUGGAAGAUAUGCUUCUGUGGCGUUGUCGUAGAAACCGACAAAGACUAUAUAGAUUCCAUUCUAGAUAAGAGACUGAAGCAAAAAGGAUGGGACGCGCCCUCGCUCUGGCUCGAUAAUGUCAUGUUUCGCGAUAGGGAAGUUAUCAGAAAGUUGGGUACUAAACUUUUCGCUUCUAACGCUUCUUGCAUGCGGCCUGUUUGCGAGUAUCACCCGAUUAUAAGAACAAAGCUUAUGUCACAAAUAAUGGAUAGGAAAGAGGACGUUCAGAAUAUGACCAUUCCAGAAGCUCCAUUGGUUACAAUGUUCGUGAAUAACAAAUUCACUUACGCUGAUGCGUUAGUGUUUUCUUCGAAGUUCACGAACUCGGUAAUCGUUGACAGGAGGUAUAACGUUAUGGGUUACGAUGCGGACCUAGACAUAACAAUAGAUCCUCACGUUCAGUUUCCGAUGACUUCAUUAGUCAACAGAGAAACUAAGGAGCAACUCCAUGAAGCUUUCAGAGCUAUGGAAAUAGUAGGUCGUGAUGUAGUGAAUUUUACACCGAAGGACCAUAAAUAUGAAAGAGAGAGUCGGUUGCCUAAGAGAGAAUUUUCGUGUUACGUCAAGGUACCAGGUUACGAAACAUCGUCUGGAAAGGUUAUACAUGUCCUUCUUUGUUUCUUCCCUGUAGAACUCAGAAGAUGGGAGUCUGUGCUGAAUCAAAUAGAUCCCUCCAGAACCAGAAGGUUGGGCGGAAGCUGUCUCGACUGCAAAUCAGAAAAAUCAGCACUCGAGAAUGAGUAUGGAACACUGACUAGGAACGGAGAUAGGGAUAUACUCAGUAGCGAAAUGGACACAGAAGAAGAACGUAAAAGCGAUAGUAGUGAUUCUGACGCGGAACACGAGGACAUCAAAACUUGGACACAUAUAGAUGAGGAAAACGGAAACAAGCAAUUCCUGGUCAAUAAGAAAUACGUCAUUCUAUACCGCGCUCUGAUGAGUUGGCGGGCUAAAGACUUCAUGAAAAUGAAAGAAUAUGCCGACGAGAAAGGGAUUGUACUCACUAAGUGCUACUACGGAAUAUGCCAGUAUUAUCCUCUAGCACACCUUGUUGAGAACAAGCAACAAUUAGUCUCCGAACCUGUGACAGAAGGGCGACCGCCUAACAGAAAGAUGGGAAGUGGUCCUAAAGAUGGCGAGAUGUCAAUCAUUACGCAAGCAUCAGUAAGAAGUUUUGAGAUGAUACGACAACAUUGCGUGGAAUCAGGAAUGGUGGUCGUAUCGAAGUGUCCCAAAUGCAGGCUUUUGACGGUGAUGUGCAUUUGUAAGGUCAAGCCUAAGGACUAUAUACUGAUGAAUUUGCGUGCAGACUUCGUAAGGUGGAUGCUUCAGGAUUUUCCCUUCACUGUAGCGUCACAGAAUGCUACCAAUGAGAUGUCGAACAGUACAGGCGAUGAAGACACAGAUUCUCACUCAUCCAAGCACCCAACUAACAGAUCCUUAGAAGAGUAUAUCGAGAAGACGAAGUUCAGCAACUGUACUCCAGACUCCCUAGCACAUGCAAUUGAGUUCUAUACAUAA